AUGACCCCGAGCUCCUGGUAUCUUCCAUCUCAUCGUCUCCAGCCGAUUGACCUUGACAAGCAAUGGCCCGAAGUACCGGUCAGUAAUCAAAACCUGACAAACACUGCCGUUGUCAUCAUUGGUGGUGGCAUAUCUGGCAUGUGCACUGCGAUUGAUCUCUUGGUAAAUCGGAAAAUUAAGAACUUUAUCAUUCUCGAGAAGAGUGGUGGAUUUGGAGGCACUUGGAGAGACAACAAGUUUCCGGGUUGUUGCUGCGAUGUUUUCAGUGUACUGUACUCAUACUCAUUCGCCCAGAACCCCCAGUGGUCGCAACUAUAUCCCGGUCAGGAGGAGAUUCUGGAAUACCUUGUAGAUGUAGCACAAAAAUACGGACUCUACAAAUACGCUCGCUUUCACACCUCGGUCGAUGCUGCUACCUGGAACGAAAAGACUUUGAAAUGGGAAACUACUGUCACAGUCGGUGGAGGCAAGGAAGCCGAGUUCUCCUCCUCCCACACGAUCUCAAGUGAUUUCUUGGUCGCUGCGACAGGCCAACUCAAUAAGCCCAAGGGACUAGAGGUAUCUGGUUAUGAAGACUAUCAAGGCAAGAUCAUGCACUCAGCACGAUGGGAUUGGAGCUAUGAUCUAAAGGGAAAGAAGAUCGCCAUCAUCGGGACAGGCGCUACCACUGCACAAAUCGCCCCAGAAGUCGCCAAGCUUGCCUCUCAACUGACCAUAUGUCAGAGAACACCUGCUUGGGUUAUACCUCGCCAUGAUGCCAAAAUCCCGUCCUGGAAACGACUGGCCUAUACAUAUCUUCCCCCUCUGCGGUGGCGGGGACGAGCCGAGGCAAUGGACUUCCGCGAAACGUUCCAUUCUGCCGUCACUAAAUCUGAGUCUCCAUACGCCGAGCUGAUGAGGACACUCAACUACAAGUUGCUCCAUGACCAACUACCGGAUCGACCAGACCUAUGGGAGAAAUUAACGCCUCAAUACCACCCGGGCUGUAAGCGGACCGUCAUCAGUGACGAUUACUACCCAACCCUGGCGAGAAAGAAUGUCAAACUCGAGACAGGCAGGAUUGAACGGUUCACAGCAGACGGCAUUAAAUUCGUGGGAAGAGACUCGGCCGACAGAUUCGACCUUAUCGUCCUCGCCACGGGGUUCGAAACCUUCUCAUUUCUCUCCCCGAUCCGCAUCACCGGCGAGAACGGUCAGCCCCUCGAAGAGAUCUGGGCGAACGCAAGCCACGCAUACAAGGGUGUCACGGUCCCCGGCCUACCCAACUUCGGCAUGCUCUACGGACCCAACACGAAUCUAUCACACAAUUCCCUCAUCCUGGUCAUCGAGGCCCAGACACGAUACAUCUCCGUCCUGAUCGAGAAAGUCCUCCACGCAAGACGAAACGGCCAGAGCCUCGCCCUGUCACCCUCCGAAGAGUCUACCAUGACCUACUGGCACGGCGUACAACUCGCACUGCAGAAGACCUCUUUCUCGGACCCGAACUGCAACAGUUGGUGGAAGCGCGACGACGGCAUCAUCACGAACAAUUGGGCCGGAACCGCGGUAGAUUAUCAGAAGAAUCUCUCCACGAUCGCCUGGGCGGACUAUAAUUCUACUGGAUCUGCGAGCGGCGAUGUCGAGAAGUUGAAGGAGAGAGGCGUCGUCACUAGCAUCGGGAGAGUCAGGGAGGAGACGAGGCUGAGCCGGACUGCACUGGGCGUCUUUGCGCUGGGUGCGGCGGGAUUGCUUCUACACGGAGUUCUUGCGAUUUUCUGA